AUGCGGAGGGGAUAUGUAACCAAAUGGCUGGAUCACCGGAACUUUGGCUUUGUGUCUGCCGAAGGCGGCGAAGAUGUCUUCGUGCACGGCUCGGUGCUGGUGGGCGCCGCUUCACUGGCAGCAGGUGACCGGGUGGAGUUUGCAAUGCAAGUGCAAAGGUCAGCAGGAUCGAAAAGCACCAAGUACAGCGCGACCAGCUGCUGGCGCAUUGACAAGGAGCCCCAGUAUGACUUCACCUUUCCUGCAAGCGAUGCCCGUGUCUCCGUGGAGCAUUUCAUGCAUAUGGCAGGUGUGGAUUGGGAUCUCGACAAGACCUUCCACAUGAUGCAGCCCUUCAUCGCCUUUAGCUCCGUGAAUUGCCCCUUCCUGGUGAUCUCUGAAGCAGGGCUGCUGGAGGGAGUUCGUGCACCAAGUGCCUUCGAACUUUCCACGCUGCUGCAGCUGUUGGUGGCCUAUGCCCAGGGCUGCAGUGCGGCGCGGAGCUUCAUCCUGGCAGAUUUUGAGGGGGAGAUGCUGGGGUACUGCGGCGAGUUGAGCACAGCUGCGCUGUUGGAGACAUGGGUCGUGGACGGUUACUUGAGACCUUUGAGGGUGCGGUACUCGCAUUUCCCGCUCGGCCUCCUCAUCGACCUCCGCAGCGAUGCCUGCAUCCGGGCCUUCAGGCCGCUCAUGGAGAGCCCCACCAUCACAAAGGUGAUGUGGGGUGCAGAUGCUGACUUUGAGAGCUUGAUGCACCAGGAGAUCCCGAUCUCUCUCAAGGUCGAUCCGAAGGCAGUGACCGACGUGCAGCUGGCCUUCUCCAAUGGGGACCGGCGCCUGGGCAUGGCUCGGAUGCUGGAGAGACUGCCGCCAAACUUGCAGGCAGCUUUGCCGGACAAGAAGCAGAUUGACUGGCACGCGCACCACUCGCAGAACCGACGGGCGCUGCACUUGCCAAUGUCCCUCCUGGAAGCGACUUAUGCCAUGGAUGACUUGCAUCGCAUAGAGGCCAUCGUGGCCACACAGCGGCCCCCGGACGGCUCUUACGCUGCAGCGCGGCAGAGCACCGAGGUGGUCCUGGCAGAAGUGAAGGCCGAUCCUUGCGGUUGGAAGUCGCUGGAGCGCAAUCGCAGCUUUUACUACAAAAGCCUUGGCAUCAAGAAGCUUUCUUGCGCCGUGCGCUUGGUGAGACACAGCAUUGCCCUUCGAAGUCGGGAGAAGAACGGCUUGGACCUAGGCCCCAACAAGGCGCUGGCUCUGGAAAUCGAGAAGUGGGCGGCCGCCGAGUUGGCCGCAGCAGGUGUUGUGAUCCCAUCGGAUCUAUCCUUCCAGGACGACCACGUUGUCCAGCCAGCUGCCGUGCCACCAGAGGUCAAGCCAUCCCAUCCAGCUGUAGCUGCCAAAGCAGCAGCCAAAGCAGCCUGCAACGAGGUCAACAAAGCAGCCCCCAAAGAAGCGAAAGCUGCCAAGGCAAACGCCGAGGCUCCAAAGGGCGCUGAGCUAGCCACCAGAGCCAAAGCAGAAGCCGCCGCGGCCAAAGCAGAGGCUGCGGACAAAGCGGCCGCGAAGGACGCCGUUGGCCUGAAGGCACAGGCGUCACAGGUGGAUGCUCCCAUGUUUCUGGUGCAAAUGGGCAGGCAGAGUCGUGGUCGACGAGUGUUCCCCUGGCUGGUGCUGGGUUUGGCAGUCCUGCUCGCGCUGAUGUGGUGGUUGGGCCAUGCUGGCAAGUGA